UGUGUGCAACAUAUGUGCAUAUAGGGUUCUCAACUAUCUUUUGUGCAGAAGCAUUUGGAGUAAUUUCCACACCACUGAUCGCAGCUAUCAAGCCAGGCAGACAAAGCUUUAAGCAUGGCGGCGGGAACAGGCAAUCAAAGUUUUGAGACUCAUCUCAUUGAAGAAAAUGGCACGUUGAAAGUUGUCAAAUUUGACAAGUUUCUGAAGAAGGUGAAUCUGGCUGCAUGUGAGUUUAACUAUGCUGUAGUCUCCAUCAUGGGGCCACAAAGUAGUGGGGUAAAACAACUAAAGGUAUUUGGUUGGCGAGAUGUGCUGACAUUAAACCCUGCACUCUUGUAAUGGAUGUGGAGGGUAGUGAUGGGCGAGAACGAAAGGAUGAUACUGCAUUUGAAAGGCGGAGUGGCCUUUUUGCAUUUGCUGUUUCCCAUAUAGUUCUAAUAAAUAUGUUUGCCAAUAGUGUCGGUCUUGAGCACGGUGCAAGUAAGCCUCUCUUGACACAUGUCUUCCAGGGCGUAUUGCGAUUGUCUACUUGUCCGCGUAAAACAACUUUGAUGUUUGUAAUACGUGAUAUAGUAGAGACGACACCCUUGGAUAAUUUAGAUCCUAUUCUGAGGGACGAUAUACAGAAGAUAUGGAACUCCAUCCCUAAGCUAGAAGGUCAAAAGGGAACUCCCUUGAGUACAUUUUUUAAUAUAGAAGUUGUGGGGCUUCCUAAUUAUGUGGAGAAGAGAGAGCUUUUUAAAAAGCAGGUGAAAAUUUUAAGGCAGCGAUUGAAUCAUUCCAUACCACCUGGUGGGCUAGCUGGAGAUAGCCGACAGAGAAUUCCUGGUUCAGACUUUUCUGUUAGUGCACAAGUGAUCUGGGAAAAUAUUAAGAAGGACAGGGAGCUUGACCUUCCUAAGUACGAGGUUAUGGUUGCUAAAAUACGCUGUGAGGAAAUCUUCAAAGAGAAGCUUAAGGACUUUGUUGCAAAUAAGGAGAGGCGUCAAUUAGAAGAGGGUGCAAAAACCAAUAUUCCAGCAAAGGGCUUCGGGAAGGAUUAUGAUAAAAUAAUCGACUCUUAUUUGAAAGGGUACGAUAAGGGGACUGAAUAUUAUGAUGCAGAUGUUAGGUCUGAAAAGAGAGAGCACUUGAAAAAGGAAAUGAUGCUAGUGGUUCAAUUGGCCUUCCAACCCAUUUUAGCAAAUAUAGGGUCAACAUAUCUGAUGAAAUUCAAGGAAGCGUUUCGUAAAGCUUUAAAAAAAGGGAAAAAUGCUGAAAAGGCUGCUCAUAAUUGCAAAGAGACUUACCUGAAGCUAUUUGAUGAUACAUGCGCAGAUGUCAUUGUUGAAGAAGCCAACUGCAACACAAAAGAAGAGCGGAAGAAACUAAAGCGUGAGAUACAUGACAUUGUUCGUCAAGUUGAGCGUAAACUAAAUGACAAAAAGGAGAAAGAAAAAAUAAUCGUGGCGGGAGCGGGGGGGGCUGUAAUGGCUACGGGAGUCAUCGUUGCGGCCGCUACACUGAGUGCCAUUUUCUUUCCAGCCACUGCUCUCGUUGCUGCCUCUACUGGUGCCGCUUUUGGUCUUACUGCUUUGGUGUCUUUCGCAGAAAAACGCUUCAAAAGCUACAAAUCCAAGAAUUGUGAAAUUUCAAUUGAGUUUGAGGCAAGUAAUGGCAUCGAUUAAUGAGCAUCGUUUUGACCACUAGUGGAGCCACCCUUAGCCCAGUGGGGCAAUCAAAAUUUGAGCUUUGUCAUUGAAUCAUUGGUAUUGUUUGUCGAGAAUAAAUUCUUUACACCGCCGGUGUAAACAUUUGUUUCUUCCAAACAUUGCGACACGUGUCAAAACAUUAUGUCCUGACUUUGGAUUUCUAUUACUUGAGCUUUUGUUUUAAUUAAUUACGUGAAAGUCCUGGAAGUUUUCA